AUGCCACCCAAGGAGACGUUUCGGUGCCCGGCACUGCUGGUGCUCACGACGGCCGCGCUGCUGCUGCUGCUGCUGCUGCGGGCGGCGCAGCCAGCGCGAGCACCGGUGCGGACCGCUGCCACGCAGCAGCCGGGCGCGACUGCCGUCAGGGAGUGGGCGAGCCUCGCGUCCAGCGCAGCGGCGGUCGUUCCCGGCGGCCGCGGGCUCUUGCAGCGGCCGGUCCGCGCCACGGGCGACGAGCGCGGCGGCUACACCUUCUUCUCGACCGACUACCACAUCGCGCCGAUAGCCGACCUCGCCGACGUUUUUGCGUCGCUGUGCGACGAGGCGGGCCUUUGCAUGCGAGUCGAGGAGCACUCCUUCUCGGGCGCGUGCGGCCGCGCGUUUGGCGGCCGCAAGCCCACCUGCGCCCGCGGGCUGCGCGUCCUGACCAAGGAGAACGCCUUUGACUUUUGCCCGCGGCCGCAUGCGCUGCGUCGCGCCUUCUUCGACGCGUACCGCGGUCCCGACUCGCCGCUCGCCGCGGUGGACGCCUUCGUCUGCAACCACCCGCCGGCGCUCUGCGAGGCGUACAUGCCCUUCAACAAGUCACUCCUCGUCGUCGCCACCGUCAACCUCGAGUUUUCGCGCGAAAACGAGGAGCGGUGGGCCGAGUGGCUACGCUCCCUCCGCGCGAUCGCCGCCAACCGGCGCAACGUGAUCGCCGCCAACAACCCGUACGACGCCGCCUAUAUCCGCCACUUUGCCGGCAUCGAGGCCGAGUACAUCCCCUCCUACUGCGGCUACGCGGCUCGCUCGGCCGGCCCAUACUCGCCGCAGCUGCACAAGCCGCUCCUCAUCGCGCGAAACCACAACAACCCGGCCGUCCUCAUCCGGGAGCUGCAGGCCGCGGCCCGCCGCGAGGGCGGCGGCGCGCCGCGGGGCGGCCGCGGCCGCCGACGCGGUCGCGGCAGGGGCGCACGCCGCGAGGCGGCGGGCGGCGGGCGGCGCGCCGAGGCGACGGGCGGCGGCGCGGGCGGCGGCGCGGGCGGCGGGGCGGGCGGCGGGGCGGGCGAGCUGGGCGUCUCACGCCGGCCCGGCUGGUUGCACAGGUACUCUGACCUGGCGAGGCACCCCGCGGUGGUCCUGCUGCCGUACACAAAGUCCGUCAUGUCCUUCUUCGAGCUCUACCGCAUGAACGUGCCGAUGUUUGCCCCCUCGCUCGAGCUGCUCGUCCAGUGGGAGCGGCGGCACUCCCUCCUCAAGGAGCGCAUCUACUGGACGGCCGCGCCGCGGCCCCUCCGCCUCGCGAACGGCACCUCGCUCUCGCCAAACACGCGCGACGACCCCGCCGCCCUGCGCCACUGGCUCGCCCUCUGCGACUUUUACCACUUCCCGCACAUCACCUACUUCGACUCGUGGCCAGACCUGCUCGCAAAGCUGCGCAGCGCGGACCUCGCGGCGACCUCGGCCGCGAUGCGCGCCGCCAACCGCCGCCUGCUCGACGAGCUGCGCCAGCAGUGGCGCCGCCUCUUCCUGCGCAUGUUUCGCGGCGCGCCGCCCGGCAGCCGAGCGGUGCCGUCCGACUACGACGCGGCGAUGCGCGCGCUGUACGGGCAGGUGCCGCCCUCGCGCGAGCCGAGCUGCCGGCGCGAGAGCCGGCCAGAGUACGGCGAGUGGGGCUGA